CCGGAGCUGAAGCAGAUCAGCCGGGCGGAGGCCAUGCGGCUGGGCCCCGGCUGGAGCCACUCGUGCCACGCCAUGCUGUACGCCGCCAACCCCGGCCAGCUCUUCGGCAGGAUCCCCAUGCGGUUCUCGAUGCAGAUGCGCUUUGAUGGGCUCCUUGGCUUCCCUGGGGGGUUUGUGGAUCGCCGAUACUGGUCCCUGGAAGAUGGUCUAAAUCGGGUACUGGGCUUAGGCUUGGGCUACCUGCGCCUGACAGAAGCCGACUACCUGAGCUCCCACCUGACGGAGGGCCCCCAUCGCGUCGUGGCCCAUCUCUACGCCAGGCAGCUGACCCUGGAGGAGCUGCACGCGGUUGAAAUCAGUGCAGUGCACUCCCGGGAUCACGGGCUGGAGGUGCUGGGCCUGGUGCGGGUGCCCCUCUACACCCAGAAGGAUCGGAUGGGUGGAUUCCCCAACUUCCUCAGCAACGCCUUCAUCAGCACAGCCAAGCACCAGCUGCUCUUCGCCCUGAAGAUGCUGAACAUGAUGCCCGAGGAGAAGCUGGCCGAGGCCUUGGCCGCCGCCACCGAGAAACAGAAGAAAGCACUGGAGCAACAACAGCAGCAGCAACAGCAGCCUUCUUCCUCGUGAAUUUGUCUCGGUCUGUCCCUCCCCUCUCUCACUUCUGUCUCUCCCCCCCGUAUUUCUCCAGAGCUCGCGUGAGCUCUAACCAAGCUGAGGAGAUUUCUUCUUUUUUUUUCCCCCCCACUCCCCCCCAACUUCCCCCGGCUCUGGGGACUGAAGAGGCCAGAUCAAAUCCACCUCCCUCGAGGGGAAAGUUUCAUUUUUGAUUUUAGGAGGCCGAAAAGCAGUGUGGUUUACCCCUUCCCUCCCGCUCGAUCUUCCGUCUCUCAGACUGCGGGCAGCGGAGCCGUGGGCCGAGGCUCUUCCUUCCCACUGGGGCUCGUUUGCUGAUCCUGAGGGCGGGGGGCCGAGAGCUUUAUCGGCCCGUAGAGACCAAACCGGGUCCCUGGCAGGAGUUUUCCUGGGGCCCUGCACGGGGUAGCCUUGACUCUUUGCAUGAAACGAAUGUGAUGGCUCCGCUGUGCUGUCGACUGGGGUUUCAGAUUUCGGGUUUGUGAGAUAAGCGGUUAGAAAGUUGCUCCGAGUUUGGCUUGGGGGGAUGUCGGAGACAGUCUCGACCCCCUCGGCAGAAGGGAAGAGGAGAUAAGGUCAACAGUUUUGGGGGUGUUUGGGUUGGACGGUGUUUUUUUGGUUUGGUUUUUCCACCUUUCUGUUUUGGAAGUAUUAGGUUUUCUACUCCUCUGUGUGCGGAACACGGGUAAGAAUUGUGACUUGCCCGUGCCCCCAGGUUGGUAGUUCUGUCUGAUAGCGGUCCCUUCCCUAAGUCCCCGGAAGGUAGGAAGGCAGCGGGCUGGGGUUUGGGUGCAUGGAAAUCUGAGGUGAGCUGGAAAGAAGAAAAAAAAUAAAAUAGCUUCACUGCG